UCCGUUAAUUUAUGAUACACGCUUCAUUGUUACCUUUUAUUAUAUUCCAACGCAAGCAAACACAACAAAAAACACCUACAAUCUCCAGAAACAAUAUUGAUAAAGUGAGGUCGGAGCAGCCCAGAGCCACACCGCCCAUGCUCCUCCGUCAUCCCGCCUCCGUCAGCCCCGCCGUGGGGUCGAAGGCGCCCUGGAAACUCCACUGAACUCGGGAGCAACUUUAUGGUGGAAGCGGAGCUGGUGCGUCGAAGUUUUCUUUCGGAGAGCCUCGCCGUUUUUUCAUUUUUUCAGACAGUCACUACCCUAAUGCGAUGAGAGAUUGCAGAACAUGUCUCUGAAAUGCGGAUUAUUUCAUCAUUUAGUGCUUUAUGGGUGCAGGUGAGAGCGUCGCGAGUGUUUUUGGGACUCGGCCGUCUUUCUGGACUCUGCAUCAGGUGGCCCUACGAGGUGAACGGGAUUUAGGGACGUCGAGUCCAGACGCAAGAUGUUGGCCCGAAAAAGCAUCAUCCCGGAGGAGUUCGGACUACCGGGGCUCGCCUCUCGGAUGCCCCGCAAGCCGGUGUUCAGGGACCGGGUGAACAAAGCCCGCUUCAUCGCCAAGAACGGCUCCUGCAACUUGGCGCACAAGAACAUCCGCGAGCAGGGCCGCUUCCUGCAGGACGUGUUUACCACCCUGGUGGACCUGAAAUGGCGCUUCACCCUGGUGAUCUUCACCACCACGUUCGUGAGCAGCUGGCUGCUGUUCGCCAUGACCUGGUGGCUGGUGGCGUUCGGCCACGGGGAUCUGAACCAGGACCGUGCGAACCGGACCGAGUGCGUCACUAACGUCAAGUCGUUCUCCUCGGCCUUUCUGUUCUCCAUCGAGGUGCAGGUGACCAUCGGCUUCGGGGGCCGCAUGAUCACCGAGGAGUGCGGCACGGCCAUCGCGGUGCUCAUCAUCCAGAACAUCGUGGGGCUCAUCAUCAACGCCAUCAUGCUGGGCUGCAUCUUCAUGAAGACGGCGCAGUCCAACCGGCGCGCCGAGACGCUGAUCUUCAGCCGGCACGCCGUCAUCGCCGUGAGGAACAACCGGCUCUGCUUCAUGACGCGCAUCGGGGACCUCCGCAAGAGCAUGAUCAUAGGGGCCGCCGUGCGGCUGCAGGUGGUGAAGAAGACCACCACCCCCGAGGGAGAGGUGAUCCCCAUCCACCAGAUCGACCUGCAGACGGAGAGCGCCCUGGCCAGCAACACCCUCUUCCUGCUGGCGCCGCUCAUCAUCUGGCACACCAUCGACAAGAACAGCCCGUUGUACGACCUGUCGGCCAUGGAGCUGCAGUGCAGCGACCUGGAGGUGAUCGUGAUCCUGGAGGGCGUGGUGGAGACCACGGGCAUCACCACGCAGGCCCGCACCUCCUACAUCUCGGACGAGAUCCAGUGGGGCCACCGCUUCGUGCCCAUCGUCAACGAGGAGGAGGGCGUCUACUCCGUGGACUACUCCAAGUUCGGCAACACCGUCAAGGUGGCGACGCCGCGCUGCAGCGCCAGAGAGCUGGACGAGAAGCCGUCCAUCCUCAUCCAGACGCUGCAGAAGAGCGAGCUGUCGCACCAGAACUCCCUGCGCAAGCGCAACUCCAUGCGCCGGAACAACUCCAUGCGCCAGGGCGCCGCCGGCAGCGGCAACGUCCGCAGGAACAACUCGGCCCUGGCCAUCCCCAAGGUGCAGUUCCUCACGCCGACAGACGGGGGCGCCAGCCUGGUCACCUGACACAACGCACGCGGAGCCCCCCCCCUCUCCGACUCUCCCCGAUGGCUCGCUCGGAAUGGAGUGUCACCCUGUGCUUUUGUCGUUCACGAUGUGUGGUGUUAUAGCUGAUGAUAGCACUUUGUUGUUAGGGUUUAGUUUUUCUCUACUUUGUUUCUGUAUUAAAGUAUUUUCGGAUACGUUUUUUGAGGAAUGGUAUUUAUCGCUUUUUCAUUUUGGCAUUGGGAAGAAUUAUGAUUAUGAAUCGUGCAACAAUAAGCGGGAAAUGAAAAGUCAAUAUGUGAUUGUACUAAGAAUGUGGCCUGUAUUUACCCUGGAAAUCCGGAGUUCUCGCGAGAGCACAAUUUGAAUUUGCUCAGCGAGUCACUCUGGGAACGGGCAAUAUACGCACUCCCCGAUUCCCCUGGAUCCGAACAUUAACCAAUCACAUCGGUGUAUCUGAUAUAGGCGGGCCAAAGCGUUGCUGUUUUACCGACCGGAUGCGGCAAGAGUCUCAUCUAUUGGUCAGCUCUGCUGGUCUGGAUACGUCACCCCUUGUAUUCUUCUGAAUGGUCAUAGUGUGAUCCAAUUGCGUGCAGGGAUAUUUUCAUGCAUGCUUGGUGCCGCCCAUCGAGUUGGGCCAUUUUCAUUACUCGUUGCCAGACCCUACAACUUUCUAGACGUGGGUCUGGAUUUCCAGGCUAGCCUAUAUUAGCCUACCGCUCCAAAUCGAAUUUAAACUCCUGAACUGAAUUUUCUUGUAUCUCAGAUCACUGCACUUUGAGUAAAUAUACAGCGUGAUGUUUGGUCAUGUGACCUUCUUAACGUUUAGUAUCUUUCAUUACCUGAAUCUGUUUUUAUUUUAUUUUUAACUGCCAUUUUUUCUUGUAGGCUACUGGCACAUCUUUGCUACAAUGUCCGUAAGAAAAAAGACAAUCUUUGAAUGAUGAAGGUCAUAUCAGCACCUUUACUUUGAAGGACAAUUUUUUGAGAUGUAUCUCAACUCCAACAAGAUGUACCGACAACUUUCUAUCCAUAGAUGCAUCAUUCAUAUGUCAAAUGUUUUCCUACUUUUUUUUUAACUUUUUAACACUUUGUGAUUUUUAGAAACUUGAUAUGUGCCUCCUGAAUUAAAAUAUAUUAUUAUUGCAAUCCAACAA